AUGGGAUUUGUUGCUGUAUCAAUUGCUGCAAUACUUACUGUCCCAGGGGGAUUUGUUCAAGAUGGGACUCAAUUCAAGGCAUGGAUAUCAUUUCGCAUUUACUAUGCAAAUCAUAUUUCUAACUUCUUCACUUUUAAGGAUUUUACUCCUCAUAUGUUCACUGUAAAUGUUGGCGAGGAUGUUGUGAGCAAACUAAUGGGAUUGCCUAUGGGUCCUCGAUCACUCACCAUUAUUUCUGCUAGAGGCGCUGUAGUAUAUGUAACCAUUCGCCAUCCCUCUGGACUUCAUCAAAAUUUUCAGGGUGUACAUAAAAUUUUAUUUUUGUCUCUAUCAUGCCUUAAUGAAAUAACUUUGGAGGUUGGAUUAAGUGAUCCCAACGGCAAGUUUAUUGUUGGAGUUGCAAGUUUACUAAUAGCCGGUACCCCUGUUGAGAUAAUUUUAGGGAGUUUCAUACAAAAUAGUGGCAAUAAGCAGCAAAUAAAGUCGAAGUUCCCAGUGGAAUCGUCUAUGGCUAUGGCUACUACUACUACUACUACGACUACUACUAGUAAUGCACUUGGUCCUCCAAUUUUUCAGAAAUAUGAUUGA